UGAGACCGAAGUAACCGAAUAAAGCCUCGGAUCAUAAUAGGACAUAGAAGCCGCCUCGCUUCGCUUUGCAUGUGUGGGAUGCGGCGGUGGAGCCAUGCACUCGUGCACGUAACAGCAAAAGGGGGCGGGGCCACCGCACGCAUCCCUGCAUCCCCGUCCUCUCAUUGGUUGCUGAAAAAACGGGAAUACAAAUAAAUAAAUAAAAAAGAGCCAGUGCGUGCGGUUACGUGCGGUUCUCCUCGCAGCUCCUGCAUGAGACGGAUUUAACGAGGAGGAGGAGGAGGAGGGAGGCAGCUCUGCAGCGCGACCGGGGAAGCUUUGUCACGACAGCUGUCAGCGCCGGCGGGCGGGUCCUGCGAAGCCUUUUAAUAACCACCACCACCACCUGAAGAUCCCGACUUCUCCCUGAAAUCAGUUCUACAGAAAAAACAAGAAAACACCCAGAAUUUAGAAGAUGGAGACACAGGAAAAGCAGGUCACAGGUUACCUCCUGUUCUCCCUGGCCACCGCCGUCAUCGGCUCCCUGCAGUUCGGCUACAACACGGGAGUCAUCAACGCUCCGGAGCAGAAACUUAAAGCCUUCUUUAACAGCACCUGGAUGGAGCGGUACGGUGAACCCAUCAGCGCCGGAGUCUGCACCAUCGUGUGGAGCGUCACCGUCGCCAUCUUCAGCGUGGGCGGCAUGGUGGGCUCCUUCAGCGUGGGGGUCAUGGCCAACAGGUUUGGGAGGCGUCGCUCCAUGAUCCUCGUGAACAUUCUGGCCGUGAUCGGUGGCCUCCUCAUGGGCUUCUCCACCAUGUGCUCCUCCUACGAGAUGGUGAUCGCCGGCCGCCUGGUCAUCGGCCUGUUCUCCGGCCUGUUCACCGGCCUGACCCCCAUGUACGUGGGCGAGGUGUCGCCCACGCCGCUCCGGGGGGCUUUCGGCACGCUGCACCAGCUCGGCGUGGUGGUGGGCAUCCUCAUCGCUCAGAUCUUUGGCCUGGAGGCUCUGCUGGGCUCUGACAAGCUGUGGCCGUUGCUGCUGGCCCUCACCGUGUUCCCCGCCGUGGUGCAGUGUAUCCUGCUGCCUUUCUGUCCCGAGAGCCCUCGCUUCCUGCUCAUCAACCUGAAGGAGGAGGAGAAGGCCCGCAAAGCGCUGGUGCGUCUCCGUGGCACCGAGGACGUGAGCAAAGACCUGCAGGAGAUGAAGGAGGAGAGCGCCAAGAUGGCCAAGGAGAAGAAGGUGACCAUCGCCGAGCUGUUCCGGUCGCCGUCGUACCGGCAGCCGCUGCUCAUCGCCGUCAUGCUGCAACUCUCCCAGCAGCUGUCAGGGAUCAACGCCGUGUUUUACUACUCCACUGGCAUCUUUAAAUCGGCCGGAGUAGAGAAGCCAAUCUACGCCACCAUCGGCGCCGGCAUCGUCAACACCAUCUUCACCGUCGUCUCCCUGUUCCUGGUGGAGAAGGCCGGACGAAGGACUCUGCACCUCCUGGGACUGGGUGGGAUGGCGAUCAGCGCUCUGCUCAUGACCAUCUCCCUCCUCCUGAAGCACAUCCGCGUUAUGAGCUACAUGGCCAUCAUGGCCGUCAUGCUCUUCGUGGCCAUGUUUGAGAUGGGCCCCGGCCCGAUCCCAUGGUUCAUCGUGGCCGAGCUCUUCUCCCAGGGGCCCCGGCCGGCGGCCAUGGCCGUGGCCGGCUGCUGCAACUGGACGGCCAACUUCCUGGUUGGAAUGAGUUUCCCCAAACUGGUGGAGUGGUGCGGCCCCUGGGUCUUCCUCAUCUUCAUGGCCUUCCUCAUCUUCUUCUUCAUCUUCACCUUCAUCAAAGUCCCUGAGACGAAGGGCAAGACCUUCGAUGAAAUCGCCCAAUGCUUCGGCAGCGCCCCGCCUCCCGUCUCCUCGCCUGACGACGACCCCCUCGCCACCCCCAGCGCCGCCGUGACGCACCCCGCCUCCCCCGUGAAGGAGAAGGUCCCCCUGGUGGAGGCGCCGCCUGCAGCAGCAGCAGCAGCAGCAGCAGCAGCAGGAGGAGGAGGCGGGGCUACAGAGUCCACGCCGCUGGGAGUUAAACCGGGAAGCACCGGAGACAAAGUGGAGCAGGUGUAGAUUUAACUUCAGGCUUUAAAGGGAGGUUAGAAAUGAGGGAAUCCAAAAAAAAAAACACUGUAAAUGUAUCUGUUUAAUUUUGUAUAGAGAGCAGCAGGCCUUCAGAGGCUCAUGCUUCUUGCUUUCUGAUCACUCCUCGGACUUCCUAUUUUUCUGUGAGGUUCCUUCUUUUAGCAUCCUCUCUUCCUUUGGGAGGAAGCAUCACUGUUCAAUACGACAGGUUUAACACAGAGAAAAAGAGCCGUAGGAGUCUGAACUUGACUCCAGGUUUCUAGGUGACGAUGACACGGAGAGAGAUCAUCCACUUUUAUUCCAGAUGUAGAAUACUGUAGAGGAUGCUGUAGUGCAAUAUAACUGAAACCGCUGUUAACCUGUUUGGAAGAGUUCUCAAAUCACAUUUUUAAAAGCUCCUCCUCAUUUAAGAGCUCGUAGCGAAGCCAAAGCACUGAACCCGGUGAACACGUGUGACCUCAGAUGUGUUUUUUCCGGUUGUUAAAUUGUAUAAUUAGAAUUAGCAGCAAGCAACAGGUUCCUGCUGAGUUUAAUUCAUGUUCGUGCCAAGAAAAGAAAAAAAAAAAAGUUUAACUUCAUUUAGUUGGAGUUUGGCGCCCCCUUUGGUGAAAGGCGGCCGCUGUUCUGCUUUCUGAAAACAAUUAGAAAAGAGAGAAUCAAAGCCAUUUAGGACCUGUAAAGAAAAAAACAGCAUUAUUUUAAGCAUCACAGUAGGGUAACGUGCAAUCUAUAUAUUUUUUGUUAAAGGGAGCAUUACUAUAGUAUUUAUUGCUUUAGUUUAGAGACAGAUUUUUUUUUUUAUAUAAAGUCUAGAGUUUAAUUCAGAUUUCCAGGUAGGAAAGUCUGCAUGUAGUGGCUAAAACUAACACCCAGGCGUCACUUAAAGUGCAGCCCAUAGAGACACACACAUCAUAAACUCUCUAUUUACGUGCACCGUGCGUGGUAGAAUCAGUAAGUCAUUGUCGAGCUAGCAGACUGCUACUAAUCUAAACUCUAUUUACCCGAGCGACUCUGUGUAUCCGGCCCAAGCUGAUGUUAUAGAGUAGAAAAUGUGCAAUCAAUGUAGAAUAAUACCGGGUAGAGGCAACUAAAGGGGAAGUGCUAAUACUGUAACCAAGAACGGGUAAAUGACGAUCAGAGGGAGGGGCUGGGUAUGGGGGGGGGGGGGGGGAGUCUUGGUAGAAGAUUGUAUUUUUAGUUUUUAGAAAGGGAGAAAUUGAAAAUCAUUGAUGUACGGUGAGUUUAUCUAGCAUUAUUUAAUGCCGUGCUUUUAUUUUGAAAUGAAAGUGUGGUAGUCAGAUAAGGAUGGAGGGAGGGGGCGCAGAUCUUCUCUGAUUGGUUGAUUGUUUUUUGUUGUUGUUGUUUCUUAUAAUUUGUGCCCCAUAGACUGUAGUUUUCUUCCCCGUGCUCUUUAAUCUGUGUCACUCGGAGAACAGGGGUUACAUCCUGUAACCACAAUCACUUACGUUUAGUUUAUUCUGACAGAUUUAUGUUUUGAAUUUUAAAAAUCAUUGACGUACGGUGAGAUUAUCUAUCUUUAUUUAGUGCUGUGAUUUUAUUUUGAAAUGAAAUGGUGGUAUUUUGUUAAGUAAGAAAAGGACGGAUGCGGGAAGAGCUCAUUGGAGGGAGGGGGCGCAGGUCUUCUCUGAUUGGUUGACACACUAAUGGAAAAAAAAACCUUGUUUCUUAUAGUUUGUUCCCCAUAGAUUGUAGUUUUAUUUACUGUACUCUUUAAUUUGUGUUACUCGGAGAACAGGGGUUACAUCCUGUAACCACAAUCAUUUUAGUUUAAUGAAACUUUCAUAUUUAUUUUUCAUGACGGUUAAAAUUACAAUCUGUAUUUAGAAAAACUACAUAACCCCCCCUCAAAUCCUCCCAGACAUAAACACUGUUUGUAUUUUAGAGCAGUUUUAUGUUCUGAUAAAGAGAAAGAAUAAUGUGUAGGCACUGAAAACCAGGCUCCGUCCAACGUGUUUGUGGCUUAAUUUGUCGCCUCCGGACACUUCACGCUUUGUGUAGAAUCGUCACAGAUUUAUUAUAUAUAUAUAUAUAGUAUAUGUGGACACAAAAGUAUAUUUUCUAUAUUCCGUAGUGGAUUAUUGUAGAUUGUUUAAAAAAAACAACAGUUGCACAUUGAGAUCUUAUUUAUUUAUUUAUUUAUUUGUGUGCUAUCCAUUCCUGGCUGGUGUGUGUGGGGGUUUCUCGGUUCCGUUGUGUAUUGCUGAUGUAUUUGUGGACGACAGUGACGUGCUGUGUUUGCACUGAGGGAGCCGUGUCCUCUCUGGUAGUUUUUUCGGUGUCGUACUGCGGUGUUUCUCCAGCUUCCUUCAACGUGGCAACAAAACCCGAACUCGGCCGUCGUAUCCUGAGACAAGAUUUGUGUGUUCGUCCCGUUCCUCUUAGGUUCCUCUUAGGUUCCUCCGGUGCAGUUAAAGGAUUUUAAAGGGAAGAAAUUAAAUAUAAAAAUGAGAGGAAAGAGUAUUUUUGAUGGAGGUUGGUCAAACUGCCCGUUUAUAGGGGAAUCAGGGAUUGCCAGUUGUUUGAAAGAGAUUUUGUACCGACCCAAUAAAAUGUGUGCAUUGUUAUUAAAAUAAUAAUAACGACAUGUGAAAGGAUUUAAAUCAAACAUAUGGACCCAGGUCAUUUCUCCGACCCAUAGCCAGCUGCUUUAUGCACAUCCCCACAUCUCAGUGUACAAAGAAAUAGAAAGAGUAUUACGUUGUAAAUAUGUGUUUUAUAAAAAUACAAAGAGUACUAUUUAUAUGUUGACUUGCACGCUUCUGUCUGUGAGUGUGUGUUUGGUUUUUAUUUUGGCUUGGGGGGCGGGGGGGUGCUCAUUGUCGUGAAUGUGAGUUGAUCACUGCUCUUCCAUUUUCAUGUCUUUGCCGCUCAGUUGCAGCCACAGUGUUUGUCCUUAAAAGAGAUUUUUUGCAUAAAAAUGCCUGAAAAUGUUUGACAAUUUUCUACUUAAGUUGUAAAAGUAGACAAAGAGGACACAAUCAGACAAACAAAAUGGAAAUAUUAUGCUUUUGUGUUUAUUUAAUUGAGAAAAUGAAUCCUUCUUCUCUUAUAUCUGUGACAUAUAUAGGACUGAAAUGAAAUUCCUCAAAGGCCUGUGGUGCAGCAACAACGCAAAUAAAUGUAAACAUAAAAUGCGCAAAUGUUGAGAUUUAAAAAGGAGGAUAAAUAUAUAUAAAAUAUAGCCCGUAUUUACAAAGUAGACUGCAAAAACAAAAACAUGACAAUAUACAUAAAGUGUCUGGUGCAACCCCUUGAUUUGAAUAGUGAAAAUCCUCCUAGUGCAGCAGUUACCCACAACUAAACAUUUAUGGUAACCGCUGAUCUGUCGCCUGCAGCAGCUUAGAGGAAUUUUGACAUACUGUUCCUAGAGGUGCACUUAAUUCUUCAACACGAAGGUGUGUAUAAUGUUGGCCCAUUUUCCUGAAUGGACAAAUAUUUUUGUUAUAUUUCACAAUUGUUUGCAUAAAAAUGCAGGAAAACAACUGCAGAAGCCGUGAAACUAGACAAAGAGAAGCCAAUCAGACAAACAAAAUGGAAAUAUUGAGCUUUUGUGUUUAUUUAAUUAAGAAAAUGAAUCCUUUUCUAUUAUCUGUGAGUUGCUAAACUCAGUGAACCCUUGUUUUGUCAAUUCUGACAUGUGCAACACAUAUACAGGAUUAAAUUUACACUCCUCAAAGGCCUACGGUGCAGCGACUAUACAAAACAUGUAAACAUAAAAUGUGCCAAUAUUGAGAUUUAAAAAGGAGGAUAAAUAUAUAUAUAUAUAUAUGUGAAAUACAGCCUGUAACAUGACAUGGCACAUGACAAUAUACAUGAAGUGUCUGGUGCAACGCCUUGAGUUGAAUAGUGAAAGUCCGCUGUGACCAUCUAAUGCAGCAGUUACCCGCAACUAAACAUUUAUGGUACCCGCUGAUCUGUCGCCUGCAGCAGUUUGGAGGAAUUUUAGCGAAACAGAGCUGCUUCACUCCUAGAGGUGCACUUAAUUCUUCAACACGCAGAUAUGUAUAACCUCCUCAUAUGGGGACAUAAUGUUUUAGGUUUGUUGCAGCUUCUUUUUUUACUUCAUUUAAACCUGCUUUAGUCUCCCAUCUAGCGGUAGCAAAGGGUCAAUACACUAGAAGAUGAUAGUGGGCUGAUUCAUUCUACAGCCAGUCAUGGACAAAAGUGGACAACGUACAAAACAUCAUCAAAUUCUACGGGUGAAACUUGUUUAUUUAUGCUAAGUAACUUUUCUAAUUUGAUAUCACACACAAAUCUAACAAAUUUAUCAAUAGUAAUGAGCUACAACGUCACUAAUUAGCAAGUACUCGUCUGAGGACAUUGGGAUUUCAUCGUUUGCAAUUCUGUUAGUUUUAUAAUUUCUGAGACCUUACGUCCUCAUAUGUGGAUGUUAAGUUUUGGGGUUUGUGGCAGCUUCUUCUUCAUAAUUAGACACGAGUUGCAUUGCAGCAAACAUGAUGCAGAGAGUUUCAGUGCAAAAAUGUGCAAAACCUCAUCAAAUUUUGUAGUUUUAACUUGUUUAUUAACUUUUCUAGUUUAAUAUGAGACGCCAAUGUAACAAAUUCUAUCAAUAGCAACGAGCUGUAACUUCUCUAAUUAGAAAACACUCGUUUGAGGACACUGGGAUUUCAUUGUUUGAGAUUCUGUCUUUGCACAGCCAUGUUCAGUUUUAUAUUUUGUUACACUUUGGUGACGUUAUUAAAAUAUACAGUGAAAUGAUCCACCACUUAAUCUUCACUAGUGUUUUUUUUUGUGCUAAUAAUAAUAAUAGUAAUAAUCCCAAAUUCCUUGGAGAAAUUAUAAAUACACACCAAACAAAAGCCUCCUGAGAUUAAUAUUGGCUCAUUUUCCUGAAUAGACAAAUACCUUUACUGGACGGACAGCGGUUAUUCUAAAAGGUUUUUCAAUUAUAUCAUGUGAGUUACUAAAGUAAACGAAGCCACAACCAAAAUAUUGUUUGGUAACUUGGAGGAAUUUUAGCUUCAGAACCACUUCAGAUGUGAGAUGUUGGUUCUAGACAUGCACUUAAUUUUGCAACACACAGAUAUUGGCUCAUUUUUGUAAAUAUAAAAACACACAAGUAUAAUAUUUCAGGACAUUUUUAUGCAUCUGCUCAUGUUGUCAAAAUCAGUCUAACAAUUCGUUCUCAUUGGCCAAAAUUAUUUCGUAUUAAUCAUCACUUCUUGAAUUUGACGAAGCUUCGGCAGCUCUGAUCUUUGUUGUGUUGUGUGUUCGGUCCUGUCGUCUUGUUGUUGUUCCUGUUUGUGCUUCUCUGUACCUCAGACUGUUUCCCAGUUUGUGUGUUUGUGUGUUUGUUUAUGAGGUGAAAUCAUCGAGGAUGUUUAUCCAGGAAACUGUUUGUACGGUUGAAUUAAAGUGAUGUAUCGUGACGUCGGUGCAGAGACAGAUCGGAGACACAUCACAGCUGUCGUCUUUCAGUUAAGAUUCCAGCGACGCACCCCAGCUGUUUUUAUUUGUACAUAUAAGAUAUGAUGUUGUUAAAUAAACUAUUCACCAUGUAACCAAA